AUCUUAUCUGACUUUUUUUUCUUCUCUUUGAUUGACUAAGACAAUAAAGCUUCUUGCAUUCUUCUGCAGAAUGUGAUUUUGAGGAUCUUGAGAAUUUCAACUUCAUUGUCUGUUAGUCUCUCUUGUGAAUUUCUUUGGAGAUGAAAAGAUUCGAGAGGCCAAGAACUUCGAUUCACUCGCAGCCAAGGACCAGUACCAGUUCAGGUAAGAAAGAUCAGAAGCCGCGUAGUAGUAGUAGUAAAGGAUCUGGUGUGAAACCGUUGAAUGCGGCUCAGCUGGUUUCUAGAGUUUUAGAUGCAACAACAGCUUCUGAGCCUUCUUCAGUCGCUGUAACUGAUUCAACUACUGGAUCAGAGUCUUCUGAAGUCUAUGAGAAUGUGAAUGUGCAUUACAUGGAUGAUGCUAAUGAGAAAUCAAGAACUGAUGGCAAUCUAGUGGGUUGUGAAGAAGAAGAAGGUAAUGGUGAUGAAUCAGACACUGAGACAAACAAUGGGUCUGUUUCUUGGUCUCAAUGUGAACUGUUUUCCCCUGAAGAGAAGAAAUCAGAAAGACCAUCAAUGGUUUCCAAAAGUAAAAGCUCUCAGGAUAGACCUUUAACAUCUAAAGGACGUACUAAUAUUGCUGAUUCGGUUAGAUCUCGAUCCAAUACCUUCCACAGUACUGCUAGAAAGACAGUAAGAUCGAGUAAGAGUCAGGCAAAAGCUUUGUCUGAUUUCUCCUCUUAUAGAAGCUCUGAAAACAACAAGGCUUUCUCUUCUGCUUCACCAGUUGAUUCAACGCCUUUUGAGGAGGGGAAAGAAGAUGAUGAGUUUGAAGAUGCUUUGAAUAGCGUUCAUAACAAUGAGAGUGAUAAUGAAACACUUGUGUACAAGGAGAAGAAAAGGAGUGAUGUGGAGAAAGUCUUAGCUCAAAAGAUUGAGACCAUGGAAGCUCGAAUCGAGAAACUUGAAGAAGAGUUGAGAGAAGUGGCUGCUCUUGAGAUGUCACUAUACUCUGUAUUUCCAGAACAUGGGAGCUCAUCACACAAGUUGCAUAAACCUGCAAGAAAUCUUUCUAGACUCUAUGCACUUGCUAGAAAAAAUCAGAGUGAAAACAAGAUAAUCUCAGUAACCAAAAACAUUGUGUCUGGUCUGUCCUUGUUGCUGAAAUCCUGUGGAAGUGAUGUAUCGAGGUUAACUUACUGGUUGUCCAACACUGUCAUGUUGCGAGAGAUCAUUUCACUGGAUUUUGGUAGCUCAAAGCUAAAUGGAUUAAAUUCUCUUAAAGAAGAUUGGGGUGAUGUGAGAACUCUGAUAGCGGCAUUAAGAAGAGUUGAAUCAUGUUUUUUCACCCAAGCAGUUGAAUCUAUCUGGUCACAGGUAAUGAUGGUUCAUAUGAUACCUCAAGGAGUAGACUCGACGAUGGGUGAAAUGAUCGGUAAUUUUUCAGAACCAGCAACAUGUGACCGGUUACAAGAGAGCUUUUCUGUUAACCUAUGGAAAGAAGCUUUUGAGGAGGCUCUUCAACGGCUAUGUCCUGUUCAGGCAACAAGGCGUCAAUGUGGUUGUUUGCAUGUGUUGACCAGAAUGGUUAUGGAGCAAUGCAUUGUAAGACUUGAUGUGGCUAUGUUCAAUGCUAUUCUCCGUGAGUCGGCUCAUCACAUACCGACUGACUCUGCCUCUGAUCCCAUUGCUGACUCAAGAGUUCUGCCAAUUCCAGCAGGGGUUUUGAGCUUUGAAUCUGGAGUAAAACUGAAAAACACGGUUAGUUACUGGUCGAGAUUGCUUACAGACAUCUUUGGGAUUGAUGUUGAGCAAAAAAUGCAGAGAGGAGAUGAGACAUUUAAACCUUUCCACUUGCUCAAUGAACUGAGUGAUCUCCUUAUGCUUCCAAAAGAAAUGUUUGUGGACAGUUCCACCAGAGAUGAGGUCUGCCCAUCAAUUGGCCUGAGUUUGAUAAAAAGGAUAGUAUGCAAUUUCACCCCCGAUGAAUUCUGCCCGUAUCCUGUUCCAGGAACUGUGCUUGAGGAACUCAACGCUCAGAGCAUACUUGAGAAUAGAAGCUUAUCUAGAGAUACAGCUAGAGGCUUUCCUCGGCAAGUCAAUCCGGUUUCAUAUUCUCCUCCUUCUUGUAGCCACUUGACAGACAUUGUUGCAGAGUUCAGUGUCAAACUUAAGCUUUCUAUGACACACAAAAAUGGAUACAGCAGCAACGAGAAGGUAGAAACACCAAGAUCUCCUCCAUACUACAACGUCAUCAAAGGGGCUGUAGCGAAGGAUAACCUCAAUCUUUCUGAGACUAAUGAAAGAUACAGACUCCUUGGAGAAGCCUAAACCUGGCUUAAAUUACCAGAAAGUGCCUGCGGAAAUUCCAAACUUAUCGGGAAGUACAUUAAAAGUCCAAUUCUUAUUAUCCUUGAAGAUCAAAUGACCAAUGUACAUUACUACAUACUCUAAUGUUACACAAACAAAACAUACCAUCUUGCUCUUGGACCAUUUCCAUAAAAGCUUGAUUUUUGAGUUCAAACCAGUGCUAAGAAACGGUCUCUCUUGGUUUAUUGUUUAUGCGGAAACUGGUGAGACAGAAGAACUAAUACCCUCAAGCAGUUUAAUAACUUUAACCAGUGAAGGUCGUUUCUCUGCAGCAACGGCGGUGCAAUCUAGAGCAAUGUCUAAGGUCUUUCGCAUGUCUGAUUGGCAAGAAUCGGACAAGAUCUUUUGGUCAAGAACUUGUGCAGCUCCAUCUGUCAGGUUUAUCUUCCUCCUGACCUGCUUCACUAUGUCAAGGGACUCCCCAGAAGAGCCUUCUUCUGCUUUCUCUGCGCUUUGUCCCGU